GAAUUUGGCCAAGUGGCCGCUUUGCCAUCUCAAGAUAAGCCUUCUCCUACCACCAUUGCUUCUUCUUCUUCUUCUAGCUCGGCAACCGCAGCAAUCCAAGAAAGAAGCUGGUGUUCAAGAAAGGAAGAAGUAUAGCAAGCGAGCGAGCUGGGACGGGAGGCCAUGGCUCUGGCACCCGCGUCUCUCCAGUGCUUCCUCAUUGGCAGACCGGUAUGCACGGCGACGCUGCCCAAGCCCGCGAGGAGACCGUCGAGGAUCUCGUGCAAGGCGGCCGCCGAUGAGAAGGGCAAGCUCCCGUCGGGAGGCAAUGAUCUCGGGGUGAAGCUCGGGAAGCUGGCGAUGGUCGCGCUGGCCACCGGCGUGCUGGCGCUCGGGCCCGUCGACGGCGCCAUGGCGGCCAAGUCCGGUGGCAGGGUCGGCGGCCAGGCGUUCCGGUCCGCGCCACGGUCGUCCGGCCCUCGGAUAAACAAUUCCAGGACGAACAUCUACAUCAACCCGCCGGUGGCGCCGCCUCUGCGCGGGUAUGGGUACGGCGGCUACGGGAGCCCGUUCUUCGGCGGCUGGGGGUGGUCGCCGUUCACCUUCUUCGCUCCCGGCCCGAGCGUCGCCGUCGGGAUCGGCGGCGGCUUCGACACGCUCGUCCUCUUCUUGGUGUUGGGCGCGGUCGUCGGCGCCGUCAGGCGGUUUCUCAACAGGGACAGUGACGAUUACGAAGACUGAUUGCUAGUACUGCUGCCUUCUUGGGGAUGCAAUGAAUUUCAUCAUCCAUCUUCAUGUGUAAUAUGGCGAGAUCUUUUUCCUGUUAAUUUCCAGGAAUAGAACCAGACGAGUAAAUGUACGAGGAAACUGUAUGUGUAAUUUUGUUCGUGACAGAUAAAAUGGGAGUAGCAUCUAUAGUUGCAAACA